AUGUUCUUGACUUUGGCGCUUUUGCGGAAGGGAAUCCCAGGAAAGCAGUGGAUCGGGAAGUACCGUCGACCGCGGGUAGUCACCUGGCAGAUAAGACGUAAUGUGAUGAAACGCCUGGAACAGGAAGCCGAGAAUGAAUACUGGAUCAGCCGGCCAUUCAUGACGCAGGAACAGGAGCAAGGCCACGCAGCACAGAGUCGUGGUUUGUCCCGCAGCUGUCUGGACCAGCAUCCUCUUCCAGAGGAGGCAGAUGAUGAUACUGUGCAUCCGUCCAGACUCCUGCAUGAUCUACAGGAGGACAUGUCCUCAUACAGCAGGUCUGAGGAGUCCUCUGCAUCAUCCGUCAGAUCAGGAUGUCAGACACUCACCACAGAUGACACAGCUCAGUCUUGGUCUGGUAUCCAUAGUUACACGGGAACUGGCAUCUCUACAGAACACAGCUCUGUCUUCUCGUGGGGCUACGAUGAAUUUGAUAAAGCUGCCUCCAGGCAGGUCCAGCAGAUGUUUGAAGAGAUUGAAGAACUGUUGUAUGAGAGGAAGUGUGAAACACAGCUCAAAGGCCUUCAGGAAGAGUGUCAAGAGUGGGCUUCGCGAUUCCCUCAUCUACGGAUCCUCGGAACACAGCUGGUGUGUCCUACAGAUGAAGGAUUCCAGUGGUACGCCACACCAGCUCUUGUGCCCAUCCCCUCCAGUGGCGGCCAGAGCAAUGAGAAAACUAAUGAGUUGUAUGUGCAGGGUCGGAGGGCAGUUUUGUGUCAGCCCACUUUGGAGGUGACCCACCCUCAUGCCAUGCCCAGUAGUAACAAUGGAGAGGAGUUGCCCAGGGUGAUCGAGGCCGAGGGGCAGAUAGAAGAGUAUCUUGCCUUUGAUUGCAGGGAUCUGGACGAGGAAUGGGAACGUGAGUAUGUGAAGAGACGGCGGAGGCGCUGGCUGCCCCCUGUCUCGCCUUAUCGCUGUCGUCGGGAGGCGGUGCUUGAUCUGCUGUUUGAUGACGUGUGGUGUGAGCUCAUCGGCUGGAUGGAGGAGCUUGUACGUAGACAUUGGGAGGGUUUUGUGUCAGAUGAUGAGAAGAAUACUGUGGCCCUCAGCCCUGCCUGCCCUGAUACCCAGAAUCCUUUUCUGCUGCUGUCCAAUGUCUCAACAGUGCUUCCUCCACUGUCACAGACCAGAACACAACAGCUCACGGCCAGCUUGCAGGCUCAGAGCUCAAAGUCAUGGGGUUCAAAGCACAAGUCAAGACGGAAAUCCAAAAAGCAGAGAAAGUCAUCGACAACCAGUCGAGUACCUGUAGGCUCAACGGUUGCCCAUCACAAUCUCAAUGACCUCAUCAUGAUACAUGGCAUUCCACUGCAGCAAAGGAACCUGGGAACACUGGACCGAAUAGCUCAGGACUCUGAGGAGAAAGUGUCUCAUCGUCCCGGCUCUAGUGUCAUUCCUACCAGUAAACCUCGGCCCCGUCGUGCACUGGAACAAAGCACAUCCUCUUUGACCCGCCCCCCUCAGUCGGCACGGCGACGGAACCCGCCCCCUCGCACUCUAAUGCCAUUGACGUCCACUGUAACACAGCCCAUCACAACUGGCUCCAUGGAAGAGGUGGUUAGAGGCACAAGAUUGACGACCGCCAGUGAUCGUUUGGCCUCACCUCCAAUGCCUCUCAGUAGAAACACACUCCUCCCUCCCAUUGGCACAGGAGACGCAGACCACACAUACUCCGGACAGCACUCACGGCUUAUGCAGAAGCAAAGAGGCUCCUCGAGUCGUGCGCACAGUGCAGUGACCGACAAGGGUGUCAGUCUGCAGCCCAGAGACAAACUGCAGCUGCUGGAUGUGUUUUCCAGACCCAACACCACACACACCUUUAGGUCAGACACCCCUUAUCGCCGUUCAUUCACUGGAAUAGACAGCAUCGGGCAGGGACGACCUGGCAGAGCGUCUGUUGGUGUAGAUUCUCUGGGAAUUGGUGUGACUGGAAUCAGUUUGGGCAUCAGCAGCUCCUCCUUCAUAGACUCAUUUUCCCAUCAUCCCCUUGGCCACUUCCCCAUCGAGCAUGAGGAGGAGCCAGAUGCAAAAGCUCCACCCCCAGUGUCUGUUCCAGCACGUUCCCACAACAGAGGCGGUUCGACGGCACGCAGUAGCAGACCAGGGCUUUAACACAAAAACACAAUCUCCAUCACCUUGAACCAAACUCACCUCAGCACUGACCCAACUUUUCUUCAGUACUGACAGACGCUUUAUACGUCUGCUGGACUUUUGUAUGACACGCCGUUUGGGCGUGGACUUUAUUUAUGACCGCUGUUGUUAUUAUUAGUAAUAUUGUUAUUCAUGUUGUUGUUUGAAAUUUUCUAAAACCCUAUUUUUGUAUAUUGGACUAUUCAGCUUCAUACAGCUGCCAAAUACAGGAAACUGUCUUUCCCUUACAUCUGUAGAUGUACUGUACAUGCUGUACUGUAUGGAGUAACUACUUUUGGUUUUCCCUAAAGACGGCUCUAUGAAGCCUACAUGGAGUUUCGAUGCAGGUUCAUUCAAGCAGGGUAUUUUAAAUUGCCUGAAUGUUGGCGCACCGGAGUGUUCAGGACCCUAUUGGAUUGUGGAACCUGCUAUAGAAGAUUAUAAUAUCUAUAUCCUAGAUGGAUGUUCCAUUGUGAUGCAAUUCCAACAAUUUCAUUCACGAUCAUGGACAAUAGGGAAACAGCCUGGAGAUUU